AUGUCGUUGGCUCACAGCAGUCCAAACGAUGGAGCGCGUGAUAGCACACCGUCGCCCAACGUUUCCAAAUCUCUCGAGGUCUUCCGGGAAAUGAGAGCGUCUCUCGGCAAAAUUGACCCUCCCCAACAGCUAUUCCCUAGCGACAUCGUGAAGUACAGACUGCGCGAGUCCAGCCAACAACGGUCGACCGAUAUUGUAGAGUCAGUCUCCCAACAUGCUUCGGUGAAAGCUGGCUCAGGAACGGCCGAUUACGAACAAAGCUCCGUAGGAACGUGGAACUCGCCCAGGGAGAGGGAGCUCUCGAACGCUUCGACCGACGUACAAGGUGCUCCAUUGCCAGCACCACUCCACAUCAUCCAAGCUAUUGGUUCAACCUCAGUAACACAUCGCCAACCCUCCUUCAGCAAUGCUUCCAUGGCUUUAAGCGGCUGUCCUGUACUACCAGAUAAGCAGGAUUUCCAACAGGUCGAUGAAGAGAAUAUCCAGGGACCGGAUGAAGACCUGACCGAGGACGAUAGUGACACCAACUCUCUAGAGAUUGCAGCUGCGGUGGUCGAGCAUUGGGAGACUGAUAAAGAGAACUAUCCUGUAGUUAACCUUGCCCAAGAUCGAGACCCAAGCACUGACGACUGUGAUAUCGAUACGUAUACGGGCAAGUUCGUCCCCCCUAUCCGGUACAUUAAGCUACAGAGAGACGGGAAAGAAGAACAUAACCGGCAUCGAAUGGAUUGUACUUCGGAAGAUGCUAUUCGUCGAGAGAUUGCACGUCGUCAACUUCUGAAGGAGGAAAUACAACGCAUGGAGCAAGAGGCUCAGUACGCGAACCAGAAGACUGAAGAAGACACAUGGCCCAAUGCCGAGUGUACUCUCCGACCGGUGGCAAGCGGUGACUUUCAAGGCAUCGCAGAUAUCAUGAACCUUGAGAUGAAAAGAGGCAAGGAUUCGCAGAUAUUUAUCCCUCAUGUCGGGCCUGCUCACAUCGCCUCCCUAUAUAACACUUGCCAAGCAAAACAUCGACCCUUCAUCGUUGCCAUCCCGUCACCGAAGCAGAUUCCCAAUCGCACUGGGUGGUCAAAAGCCGAAGAGGAAGAAUACCAAGAGUUCCUCAAGUUCAAGCAAGCUCGCAAUGCCUCACAGGCUCAUGGAAUUAUUGGGUUUGCGUUUAUUGGUGAUUCACGUCAGGGCUUCCUGGGCGGAACAUGUCCCGGCUCGCGAUUCAAUGGACAGAUCAAACUGGUAGUUCAUCCCAGCCAUCGCAGGAAGCUAAUAGGUUCGGCUCUUAUGGACAGAGUUCUCCUAUGCGUGGCGAUUUACCAUCGUAGUCUCGUCGACUAUACGUGGGACUGCUCAGACACGCGAAAAACAUACGAGUACGUGUCCGCGCACAACAAGCAAAAGUACAACAAACUGUAUAUCGAAACGUUCUUCACUGGAAAAGAGGACCCCGGAAUCAAGGGCAUUUCGCGAUUUCUCGAGAAGUUUGACUUUGAGCGAGUAGCCUACUUCAAGGAUGCUGUGAAACAUGGCAGCCAGCCAGGUGUCUGGAAGGACAUGGUUGUGUGGGAACUGGAAGCGCGUAUGACAUCUGAGAUUAUCGAGGGCUGA